AUGAAUAAAAUUGGUGUGUUCAUGCUUUUCUUUUGCCUUACAAUAACACAUCUUCCAUCUCUUACAAACGCAAAGCACAAAUCCAAACAACAUCAUCGUCAACAUCAUCAUCGUCAUCAUCAUCGUUCCCCUAAGUACGUACCCUCUGGAACGCACGCCAUUCUCACCGUCAACAACUUUGCUCGCGGCGGGGACGGAGGGGGCGCCUCCGAGUGCGACGGCAAGUUCCACCCGCUGCCGCAAAGAGUGGUGGCACUGUCUACCGGAUGGUACAAUCACGGCGUACGGUGCGGGAGGAUGAUCAAAAUCAAAGCGAGAAACGGAAGGAGCACGGUGGCUAAGGUGGUUGACGAGUGUGACUCAAGGCGUGGCUGCAAAAACAACAUUGUUGAUGCUUCCGAAACUGUUUGGGAGGACUUGAGAUUGAACACCGAUGAUGGUGAAGUUCCAGUGAGUUGGAUCAUGCUGUAA